CGGUCCUAAGUUAAAAUGAGUCUAUCAUAGAAGCCCAUUUAGCCCAAACUAAACAACAUUACAAAUACAAUAAAAUAGAGACGGAAAACAAAAAAAAAAGAGAAGAGAGACAAGAAAAAAAACACACUCUAUUUGAGAAAGUACUUGUGGGAAUCGCGGCGAAAAGCAAAGAGAGAGAGAAGGAAGGAAUCCAUUAAUGGCGGCUGCCACAGUUCUCGGUCGCUUAUCACUGAUACCAAAUCUAUCAUCUAAACCAAAAUUGAAAUCUAACAGAAGAACAACUUCCACAAGUGUUUCUGUUCGUGCACAAGCUUCGUUCUCUGACCCUUUUGUACUUCAAUUAGCUGAAUCUCUCGAAGAUUCUCUCUCAGCUUCUCCUUCUUCUUCUUUACCUCUUCAAAGAAUCCGUGAUUCUUCCGCUGAGACUCUUUUAUCUACGCCAUGGCCGUCACGAAAAGACGAACCUUUCCGAUUCACCGAUACAUCUUUAAUCCGAUCUUCUCAAAUCGAACCAAUUUCGACCCAGCAACGAAAUUCGGAAAUUUUGGAUAAUCUGACGGAAACCCAGUUCACAAACGCUGUGAUUAUUGAUGGGUUCGUGUCGAAUUUGACGAUUGGUCCAUCGGAUUUGCCCGAUGGGGUUUACUUCGGGAAAUAUUCUGGUUUACCGGAUGAGUUAACGAACCGGAUUUCUGAGUUUAUCGGGAAUUUUGAUUCUGGUGAUUUGUUUUGGUCGAUUAAUGGUAUGGGAGCACCGGAUUUGAUGGUGAUUUAUGUUCCUGAAGGAUGUAAGGUCGAGAAUCCGAUUUAUUUGAGGUACUUUUCUGGUGAAACUGGUGACCGGGAAUCGAAACGGUUACCGGUAUCGAAUCCUAGGGUUUUUGUGUUAGUGGAGGAAGGAGGAGAGAUUGGUAUCGUUGAGGAAUUUGUUGGUAAAGAUGAAGAAGGGUUUUAUUGGACGAAUCCUGUUUUGGAAGUUGUUGUUCAAAAGAAUGCGAAAUUGAAGCAUUCUUAUUUGCAGAAAGAAUCCAUGGCUUCUGCUCAUAUCAAGUGGACUUUUGUCCGACAGGAGGCAGAGAGUGAAUAUGAGCUUGUGGAAGUGAGUACUGGUGGGAAACUUGGGAGGCACAAUGUUCAUGUGCAGCAGCUUGGGCCUGAUACGCUCACAGAGCUAACCACGUUUCAUAUGUGUGUCAACGAGCAGACUCUUGAUCUCCAUAGCAAAAUUAUCUUAGACCAUCCACGAGGCGCUUCACGACAGCUUCACAAGUGUAUUGUUGCUCAUUCCUCUGGUCAAGCUGUUUUCGAUGGCAAUGUCCGAGUUAACAGAUUCGCUCAACAGACCAACGCGGGACAACUAACACGGAGCCUCCUUCUGAAACCCCGAGCCACCGUGAACAUAAAACCGAAUCUUCAGAUCAUUGCAGAUGAUGUCAAAUGCUCUCAUGGAGCUGCUAUCAGUGAUCUUGAAGAAGACCAGCUCUUCUAUUUCCAAGCUCGUGGGAUCGACUUGGAGACUGCAAGAAGAGCUCUCAUAUCGUCUUUUGGAUCAGAGGUUAUCGAGAAGUUUCCAAAUCGGGAAAUCAGAGACCAAGCCAGGAAUCACGUCAAAGGCUUGCUCUGAUGUGUUUCACAGAAACCGAUCGUGAUACUCACGCGCCGGUUUUGCGCUUACGAUUCGUCAAUUAUCCUUUGUUCAUUACUGCUCAAAGGCUUGGGAGGCCCAUAUAGUCCAGUUUGGCCCAUUUAAUUAAAAACUAAGAAGAACAACAAACAGUUGGCUUCUAUAUGAGUUAAAUAGCGUGCAGUUUCUCUUUAAAUUUGGGAAAAGGUUUCUAUUCGCAUCUGUAUAAGUAAAACGACGCGAUGUUUAUGGAUUUAAGUAAAACUUGAAAACAACACGCUUUUUAUUUGAAA